CUUUACUUUGUGCAAAUCCCAUUUGUCCUGAUCUUCUUUUAAUUUGUUUCCGUCUUUGUUUCCAGAUAAACAUCAUGCUGUGUAUGGAUUUAAGGAUGACAAAAAGAACUCUGAUAAUCUGCCAAGACCCUGGAUGAUCACAUCAACUAACAACAACAACAGGAACACCAUCUUCAGCGGGCCAUCUCGGCGCAGCAGGUCUACGGCGAGAAGCGGGACAACAUGGUCAUCCCGGUCCCUGAGGCGGAGAGCAACAUCACCUACUACGACUCCCUCUACCCCGGAGAAUUCAAGAUGCCAAAGCAGCUCAUUCACAUACAGCCUUUCAGCUUGGACACAGAGCAACCAGACUACGACCUGGACGCAGACGAUGAGGCCUUCGUCAACAAGCUGAAGAAGAAGAUGGAGAUCAGCUGCCUUCAGUUUGAGGAGAUGAUCGACCGGCUGGAGAAAGGCAGCGGACAGCAGCUUGUGAGUCUUCCUGAAGCCAAGCUGCUGCUGAAGGAGGACGACGAGCUCAUCAAGGAGGUCUUCGAUUACUGGAGCCGAAAGAGGAAAAACAGCAAAGCCAACUCUUUGAUCCCGACCGUAAAGCAGGAGAGACGAGACGGCUCCAGUACCGGAGACCCUUACGUGGCCUUCCGACGGCGCACGGAGAAGAUGCAGACCAGGAAGAACCGUAAGAACGACGAGGCAUCCUAUGAGAAGAUGCUGAAGCUUCGCAGGGAUCUGAGCAGAGCGGUCACCAUCCUGGAGAUGAUCAAGAGAAGGGAGAAGAGCAAGAGAGAGCUGCUGCACCUGACACUGGAGAUAGUCGAAAAGCGAAAUUCCAUGUCAGACUUUGGUGGAGAAAUCAUGGCAGAGGUUCUGGCUGAGCGGGCGCUGGUGAGGCCACAGAUCAUUCCCCUGGUCCCGCUCACCAAUCAGUACCGACAUCAGGACCACAUGGAAUCCAAGGACUACAAGUCUAAGCCCGAGAAGGCAGAACCUUCGCGGCAAAAACGGAAAUACGAAAAGAAGCCGAAGAUGUUGCCGUUGUCAUCAGGAAUGCCCCACCAUCCGGGUCCUGUUGUGUUCAAUGCUAAAGACCUGAACCAGUACGACUUUCCCAGCUCUGACGAUGAGCCCUUCUCCCAGCUCCACUCAGGCUCAUCUGAAGCAGAGGAGGAGAACGACCCCGAUGGAGCCUACGCCUUUCGCAGGAAAGCUGGCUGCCAGUACUUUGCUGCUCGUCCAGAUCUGGUGGGUAGUUGGCCGUGGAGCGGUCCUUGGGAAGGCGGUUUGGCAGAAGCUCGCUUUCGUUACAGUCUCACUACACUGACUGUGCCACGCCGAUGUCUGGGCAUGACACGGCGGCGUGUGGGGCGAGGCGGCAGGGUCUUGCUGGACAGGGCGUGCACUGACGGCGAUGACGUGUUCCACCAACUGGACCUGGAGGCCACGGACCUGCCGCCACCAGCUUCUCCUUCACCUCCUCCUCCCUCUGCGACUUCGCGCUCACUGGCACCAGACACAUUUGCGGGCACCUCAGAAACGAAUACCUCAGACAGAAGUUCCACCUCCUCCAACAACCCCUCCGUUCCCCCGACCUCCUCUCCUUCUUCCACGGACCUCAGCCAGAUACUGUCUAAUAUAAAGUCCUGCCGCUGGAGGCACUUUAGACCACGGACACUACCACUACAUGAGCUGGACAACGCCCACCCUCUGUUCAGGAGGAUUAGUCGAAGCGUGAAGCGUCCGCUCUCCGCCACCGGGGGGAAACCGUUUGGAUUGCAGCGGCCAGCGAGGGCUGUCCCUCCUCCCACACCUGUUGCUGCUUUCACAGCAGAACAGUACCAGCAGCAUCAGGAGCAGCUGUCUCUGAUGCACAAACAGCAGCUGGAGCAGGUCCAGCAGCAACACCAAGCCAACAGCACUGCCAACAGCAGCCAGAGCAUGGCCAACACGUUGGACCAGGCCAGUGCUCAGUUCGCCGCCUCAGCCCUCGUUACCGCCGAACAACUGCUGGUUCUGAAAACGAAGGACGAACUGGCCCCUGGAGGCGGAGUCAAUGGCAUCCUCUCCUCAGGUGUCUAUAAGGGCUUGCCGCUCUCUAGCACAGCGUCCCCGUCCCCCGCCGCCCCGGCUCCAACCUCGACCCCGACGUCCGCCCAGCUCCACCCCUGCUCCACCACGCUCAGCUCGGCCACCAGUAACAACGGCACCGCCCAUCCCGCCAACACCACUAGCACCAACACCGCCACUCAGGUCCUGCUUGGAAACAACAACAGCCUCCGUCUAGGAAUCCCCGCCAGUAAACGCGUCCACGCCCCCCGGACGCUGAGCGCCACCAUGCCGACAUCCGCCUUAAAGCUCGCCCACCCAGCAACCGCCAACUGUCAGAAACAAAAGGUGGCCACAGCCUCCACCUCUCCGCUGGACAUGGUGCCCGGGGAGAAUCUGGAACAAGACAAGCCAGCACUGAACAGUCUGUCAGAGAACACAGUGGCCAUGGAGGUCACGUAGCCUCGGGCUAACGGCUGCGAGGGAAACGUGACCCAUCAUUUUCUUCUGUUUUUUUAAUUUUUUUUUUGGGUGCUAUGCAUCAUUUGGUAGUCGUGAAUGCAAGCGGUGGCUGAAUGAGCACGGCAAGGUUGGGUUUCCAUGGCGACCGUUUUGGGACUUAAUUGCAAUGCUAGUCUCGUACAAAAUUUUUUCUUUCUUCUCCCCGCCCCGCCCAUAUUUCCCUGUUUGUUACUGUUAAUAAGAGAUCGUCUGUAAAUUCUUAAUAUGGCAAUUAUAUGUACAGUACUGCAUAUUUGUAAUAUCCCGCCCCCCCUCCACCCCGCUCUUGUAUAUAACAUUACUUGAAUACAGAAUUGUUCAUUUGUGAUGUUUUGCACUCGAGAUAUAAA